GUUUACUUAGUUAUAUAACUAAAACACGAUUUGGCGUAAAAGAUAUAAAAUGGCUUUGAACUGGACUUUAAUUCGAAAAUCCGAUCAAAUAUUGUAGCAGAAUUCAUUCGAAGGCUGGUGCUUCAAGCAGUUCUCUAUUAGGUUUGAGUGGCGCAUUGCAAUGACGUUGACCGCUCAUUGGUUCCAAGCGACGGUCACGUGACCGAACAUUUUCCAAAUUAAAGAGAAAAGCUCGCGGGGCGAUGAGGCUCCGUCCACCGGACGCCGGGACUCGGGCGCUGCUCGCACUUCUAGUUUUCAUAUUGACAGCCGUCGGAUGUCAAGGCAAUCCAGAUGCAAAACGAUUGUACGAUGAUCUUCUAUCAAAUUAUAAUAAGCUCGUGAGGCCUGUGGUGAAUGUUACUGACGCUCUCACAGUCAAGAUUAAAUUAAAACUUAGUCAACUUAUAGAUGUGAAUCUCAAAAAUCAAAUCAUGACGACGAAUCUUUGGGUUGAACAGUCUUGGUAUGAUUACAAAUUGAAAUGGGAGCCGAAGGAGUACGGAGGCGUCGAGAUGCUGCACGUCCCUUCGGAUCAUAUUUGGAGGCCGGAUAUUGUGCUGUAUAACAAGUGA